AUGACUGAGUCUGUACAUGACGGAUACAGAAUAAGUGCAACAGCCCUCAAGCCCCCUAGCACCUGUUUACCAGUUGUUGCCAGGCAUCAUGAAGCAGAAAGGGCUAACAAAGAAUGUUGUAAAAGGCGACCACGCUUUGAAAAAGAUGAACUUGAAAUACUUUGUCAUGAGGUAGGUCGGAGAAAAAUUACAUUACUUGGUAAAUUUAGUGAUAUUCUAUCUCUUGAGAAAAAGAAAAAGUCGUGGGGCGAAGUGACAAACAAGAUCAAUGCUGUCUCUCAGGUUACUCGUACAGUUGACGAAAUACGGCGAAAAUGGAAAGAUUGGUCAAGCUCUGUCAAGGGCCAUAAUAAGGUAAAAGGUAAAAACUUAUCCAAUCGUAAAACCCUGACAAUACACAGCAGGGCACUCGAAGAUAAAGCUAAUCUCCAAACCAAAACUGGUGGCGGUGUUGACACUUUGCCUGAUUUAAGUCUGUUGGAAGAGAAGGUAUUAGUUAUUCUGGGAAAAGUUGUAGUUUCUGGUUUACCUGAAGGGAUGGACACGCUGGGCAGUCCAAGUUCAGUGAGCCCGAGUCAGAAUUUUUCUGACAUAUACAAUGAAGAACCAAAAGAAUAUUCAAACUCGGACGACAGUGAAACAGUUUUUGCUGUCAGCACAUUAGAGACUUAUGAUACGCCAGGGAAUUCUGAUAGUGCGAAAGAAGACGGGAAGUCAACUAGUUUCGACAUUUUAUCCAUUGAAAAAGAAAGACUUCGCAUUGAGGGAGAAAGGUUAAACAUUGAAAAGUCACGUCUUGAUAUAGAAAAGUCGAGAGCUGAGAAAGAAGAAAAAGUUAUUGAACUUUUGACUAGAUUAGUUGGCCAGAGGGACGGUUCUCUAAACAACCAUUUUGCUGACCAAUUCACGGAAGCACAAACAUACACGUCUUUGUAA